AGACAUACAGAUAUCUACAGUUAUUAUGUAUAAGUAUCGUUCAGAAUCAGAGGAUAUGAGUCAUAAACGCUUACAGCUCCUUUAAAUUUUGUAUAAAAUUCACUUAAUAUAAUAUAAAGGUAGCUAUUAUAUAGGCUAAACUGGCUAUGUAAGCUAAGUGAAAAGUGAAAUGAAAGUGAAAGCAUGUGUUUGCGCGUCAGAUUAGCCUACAGCUCAUAUCACACUUGGAAAAGACAAAAAUAAGGAAGUGGAAUUCUCGUUCUCAAGGAACUGCAGUCUUAUAAAGGAGCAUCCAAAGAUCAUUGCAAUCUCAAAUAGUUGUGUAAGUGCCAAAAUGCCAGUGGAAUUCAGUGGAUGGGAGGCAUACUGUGAUAAAUCAAAGCACCUUAAACCAGGUCAGGAGCCCAAAAAGAGCCACGGCUACAUUAUGUACCAUGGGACACACAAAAGCAAUGCCCCAGCAAUAAUAUCAACAGGGUUUCGUCCCUCUGCUGGGGGAACUCUGGGCCCUGGUGUCUAUUGUAGUAGGAAUAUUAACAAAGCAAUGGGUUACCCAUUAUGUGCUCCUAAUGAUAGAGUCAUUUUAAAGCUGCGAGUGAGAGUGGGUAAAGUGAAGAAGAUUGAAGGGCAGAGCCUGAACCUGAUAACCACGUGGCAUCAGCAGGGAUAUGAUACAGCCUGGUUACCUGCCACUGCCUCUGGUGUGGGACUUGAGGAGGACUGUGUUUGGGACCCAAAGAGAAUUACUGUGGUUGGAAUAGCCCAUUGCACAGACUCCAGUACUAAGAGUUCUCUGGAGAGUCUCAUAAAUCAGAAAAGCCAGUCGCAGGACCCGAAAGUAAAAAAUCUGAAGCCAUGUAAAGGGUGUGGAAUGCAAACUGAAGAUAAACACACAAUGGAGAAAUGCUGGUCCUGUAAGGCAUCCAUAUGUCCCUUCAUGAAAAAUCAUGUUUGCCAAAGGAAAGGGAAGUAAUUAUUCCUGAGUACUUUAUACUAGUUAAUUGAUACUUAUAUACACUUUAAUUGAAUAUAUAUAUAUAUAU